AUGACCACCACAAAUCCAGACCCCAGAAUCGGUGUGGGCGUCUUCGUCCUCAACGCCGAGGGUAAAUUCAUCUUGGGCAAGCGCAAAGGAAGCCACGGUGCCGAUACCUGGGCGCUUCCAGGCGGACAUCUCGAAUUUGGCGAGUCCUGGGAGACGUGCGCCGAGCGGGAAAUUCUCGAAGAGACGGGAUUAAAGAUUCGAGAUAUUCGUUAUUUGACGGCCACAAACUCGGUCUUUGUGGCGGAGAACAAGCACUACGUGACUAUCUUUAUGGGCGCGAAAGUGGAGGAUGAUCAAGGCGAACCUUGGAUCGUGGAGCCGGAAAAGUGCUCAGCAUGGGAGUGGUGCUCGUGGGAAGACCUGCGAUCCAUGGGGCAACAACAACUCAGCGCUGGCUCUGAGUUCUCUGGCGAGCAGCUGUUCCUGCCUUUGUUGAGUUUGCUGGAGCAGCGACCUGAUUUUCAGAUCUGA